CGCACGGGCGCGCGGACGGCACUCGUCACGCCGUCGCAUUCGACCAUCGGCACAUGCUCGUGCAACCCCUCGUUCGGCGGCAUCGGGAAGGGCACGAUAAUCCGCGAGAUCGAUGCGUUGGACGGCGUGGCGGGCCGGAUCGUGGAUAAGGCGGGUAUUCACUUCCGAGUGUUGAAUAAGCGCAAGGGUCCGGCCGUUUGGGGCCCCAGGGCCCAGAUCGAUAGGAUGCUCUAUAAAAUCCAUAUGCAGCAAGAGCUGGAGGGGUAUCGGAACCUCGAGAUUGUCCAGGGGAGUGUGGCCGAUAUUGUGGUGGAUAGGAGUGGCGGGGUGGGUGCGGAUGGGCAGGUGGGUGCGAUUGAGGGGGUGAGACUGGAGAGUGGCGAGGUCAUCAAGACGAAGAACGUGGUUAUCACUACUGGCACGUUUUUGGGUGGAGAGAUUCAUGUGGGGAUGAAGGUGUUUCCGUCGGGGAGGAUGGGAGAGGCGGCGACGUUUGGGUUGAGCAAAUCGCUGAGGGAGGCGGGGUUCAUGAUGGGACGGCUGAAGACAGGCACUCCGCCACGGCUGGAUGGACGGACAAUUAACUACGCACCGCUGGAAAUACAACCAGGUGAUGAACCACCAACACCCUUUUCCUUCCUCAACUCCCGAGUGUCAAUCGACGAGCAGCUGCACUGCUGGGGAACGCAGACCACCGAGGCCACGCAUGAAAUAAUCAAAGCGCACCUGCACGAGACCAUCCACAUCCGCGAGACCGUCAAAGGGCCGCGGUAUUGCCCCUCGCUCGAAAGCAAAAUCAUCCGGUUUGGCCACCGCCAAUCCCACCAGAUCUGGCUGGAACCCGAAGGUAUAUCCGACCACGUCGUGUACCCGAAUGGCAUAUCCAUGACUGUCCCCCCCGAAGUGCAAGAGCGCGCUCUCCGCACCAUCCCCGGCCUCGAAAACGUCACCAUGCUCCAGCCCGGUUAUGGCGUGGAAUACGACUACGUUGACCCGCGCUCGCUGCGCGCCACACUGGAAACAAAACUCCUCAAAGGUCUCUUCCUGGCUGGACAGAUCAACGGCACGACGGGCUACGAGGAGGCUGCGGGACAAGGCAUAAUCGCCGGAAUCAAUGCCGGCCUUUCAGCCCAAAACAAGCCCUCAAUGAUCAUCUCCCGCGCCGACGCCUACAUCGGCAUCAUGAUCGACGACCUCAUCACCAAGGGCGUAUCCGAGCCGUACCGGAUGUUCACGAGCCGUAGCGAGUUCCGGAUGAGCGCACGAGCAGACAACGCCGACAAGCGACUGACCGCAUUGGGGCGACAACACGGUGCGGUGGGCGACGCGCGCUGGGCCUCCUUCUCAGCUGAAUCCAGCACUCUCAACGAGCUGCGCGAAACCCUCGAAAACACGCGCCUCAGCCCGCCAGCGUGGAUCCGCCUCGGCUUUCUGAUCAAAGACAACACGGAGCGCCGCUCGGCAUUCGACAUGCUGCGGGUCAAAGACGUUGGCCUGGCACAGCUCGAAGCGGUCAUACCCGCGAUUAAGAACUAUCCCGACGCGAUCCGCCGCCGCAUAGAGAUUGAGGCGGCGUAUGCGCCCUACGUCGCCGCUCAGGCUAGCACCGUAAAGGGCUUCUUGAAGGACGAGGGGUUCAAGAUCCCUGGCGAUAUGGAGUACGCCGCUGUCGUCGGAUUGAGUACCGAGGAGAGGAGGGCGCUGGAGUUGACGAGACCCGAGAAUAUUGGCCAGGCGCGCCGCGUGGAGGGUGUCACGCCAAAUGGCUGCAUACAGUUGCUGCAUUAUGUUACGAGACGCGCGAAGAAGGAGGCAAAGGAGGUGGUGAUGGAGGAGGAGAGACUGAGGAGGGGGCUGCUUGACGUGGGCGUGGACAUAGGUCUGGGAGUGGAGAGUGGGAAGGAGACUCUAACUACGGUGGCUGCCUAGACGAUGGCGGAGGUCGAGUAUUUGUAUCAUAGGUUGGUGUCAUUUUGGAGUGGCGGCGUUAUCUAUGCUUUGGUACCUAAGUAAUCUGGUGUUUUGGAAACUCAUAGGGAUUGUGCAGGUAUCCCUCUUCACCUUUGGAACAUUGUUCACUACAGGUAAGGGCCGUGAUGUUGGGCAAAACAAGAUUA